AUGGCUACUGUGGAAAAGAUCAGACUGGUGCGCAUUGCCCAUGUCUACUACACCCACAAGGACAUCGAUCGGGCCACCGCCUUUUUAAAAGAUUUCGGCUUUUCCAAGACGGAGGAAAAGGACGGCAACAUCUUUCAUUGUGGCUACGGUACGGAGCCGUUCGUCUACUGCGCGACCAAGGGCGACGAUGAUGUCUUUGGCGGCGCAGCCUUUGUGGUGGAAUCCAUGAAGGAUCUGGAACUGGCAUCUAAAACGCUCCCCAAAGCUACUCCUAUCCAUGAGAUGACGUCUCCUGGUGGCGGCUCGCGAGUCACAUUCUAUGAUCCAAUUGACAACUUUCCGUUCCAUUUGGUCUACGGACAACAGGCUGUCGAGUCAUCAUCAGGGCUCCCUGAGCUAGAGUACAAUUUCCCUCAGAACAAACACCGCGCCGUGAACAAGUCACAGCGGUUUAAAAAGGGACCUGCGCCAGUGCACAAGCUAGGACACUUUGGGUGCUGUGUUACUGACUUUGACAAGACUCUUGACUUUUACACGACGCGGUUCAACUUUAAACCCAGCGAUCUAGUUCAUACCAAGGAAGGCAAAAAUGUGACAGUCUUUUUGCAUUUGGACCGCGGCAUGGAGCAGGUCGAUCAUCACUGCUUCUUCUUCUUCCAAGGCCCCAAGUACCACGUUCAUCACUCUAGCUUUGAGGUACAUGAUUUCGACGUGCAGGCCCUUGGCCAUCAUUGGCUUGUGGAAAAGGACUACGAUCUUGUCUGGGGCGUCGGUCGACACAUCCUAGGCUCGCAGAUCUUUGACUACUGGCGAGACCCUUCCAAGUUUAUUCUUGAACAUUACGCGGAUGGCGAUCUUGUUGAUGAAACCUCCCCCACUGGGCAUGAGGAAGCUGGACCCGACAGUCUAAGUAUUUGGGGACCACCUCUGCCACCAGACUUUCUACUGUAA